AUGUCCCAGAACAAGCUGGUGGAGCGCUGCGAGCGGCUCCAGCUGCAGAGCGCGGCCAUCGCCCGGCACGUGGAUGAGGUGCUGCCUGCCAAAGACCAGGGAGUCCUGAGCGCGGCCAGCGCGGCGCGGGAGCUGGUGAUCCAGAGGCUGCUCCUCGUGGGGAAGGCCUGUGAGAACGAGGAGCAGCAGCUGCUGGAGAGGGUCCAUGCCGAGGAGGAGCGGGCGCACCAGAGCAUCCUCACCCAGCAGGUGCACUGGACAGAGGCUCUGCACAAGCUGGGUGCCCUCCGCACCUACCUGGUGGACAUGAUCACCAACCUGGAUGACCAGGGCCUGCUGCGUGCAGAACAAGAGAUCUUCGAGAGGACGGAGGUGGCAGAGGGAAUCUUGGAGCCACAGGAGUCCCUGAAGUUAAACUUUAAUCAGACCUGUGUUCAGAGUCCACUGCUGCAUCGCCUGUGGGCCUGUGCUGUGCUCUGCUGCCUCACAGGCUCACAGGAGAUUCACAUCGAUGAGAAAACCCUGAGCCCCCACCUCAGCCUGUCAGAAGACAAGAGAACCCUGACCUUCAGCCCCAAGAAAGCAAAGGUGGACUCGGACUGCCCCGAGCGGUUUGACCACUGGCCCAACGCUCUGGCCACUGCACCUUUCCACUCGGGGGUCUGUGCCUGGAAGGUCAGAGUGGAGCAGAGCUGUGCCUACAAGCUGGGGGUUUGCUACAGCUCCGUGCCCAGGAAGGGCUCUGCCAACGAAGGCCGCCUGGGCUUCAACGCUGCCUCCUGGGUGUUCUCACGCUACGACAAAGAAUUCCGGUUCCUGCACGCGGGGCAGCCCCAGCCCGUGGAGCUGAUCAAGGCCCCGGCAGAGAUCGGGGUCCUGCUGGACUUUGCAGGGGGGGAGCUGCUCUUCUACGACCCCGACUCCUGCGCCAUCCUUUUCUCCCACCACCAGGCCUUCCUGGAGCCCGUCUACCCCGUCUUUGCCGUGGCACACCAGAGCAUCUCGCUGGUGCUGUGAGCGGGGUGUGACUGUGCGUGCUCUGUGCAGUGCCUGGGGGCUGUGGCCUGUGUCCAGGGGCUGUCACACAACACCUGCCUUCACACUACA